AUGCCUUCUGAAUUUAACCUUCCAGUUAUCGAUAUUUCUUCAUUCACCACUAAUUUAAAUUCUCUGGCUGCGAAACGUGAGACAGCUAAACAGAUUCACGAAGCUUGUCGUGAUGUUGGAUUUUUCUACCUGACGGGUCAUAAUGUACCUCAAGAAAUUAUUGAUAAAGUGUUGAAAUUAGGUUAUGAAUUUUUUCAUUUACCAGAAGAGGAAAAAAUUAAAUAUAGCAUAGCCAAUGAAGAUUAUGCAAGACUUGGUGAGAAUGUUACCAGGUAUCAAAAAGAUUGGCACGAGGCACUUGAUUUCUACAAACCGAUACCUCGUGUGCAUCCAUUGGUCUUGAAAAACCUACCUUUGAGAGGUGAAAAUCAAUGGCCCGAGAACCCGGGAGAAUUUCGUUCAGUAUUUAAUGAAUACAUAAACCUUAUGCUGAGAUUGGGUGCUCAUGUGAUGAGUGCCAUCGCAUUAGGGUUAGGAUUAGAGGAAGAUUUCUUUGAAAAAUUUAUAAACGAGUCAUUUUGGGUUAUGAGAGUUAUCGGAUAUCCGGAUCUUAGAAGUGUAAAAGACAAAAGCCGCGUAAAUUUUAGCUGCGGUGAACACACAGAUUACGGGUAUGUAGAAAUCAAUGUAUCAAACGAUAACACCAAAGGAGCCUUGCAAGUUCAAAGAAAAGAUGGCACUUGGAUUAAUGCUGAUCCAAUACAAGGUGCUCUUGUGGUGAACAUCGGCGAUAUGUUGAAUGUCUGGUCGAAUAACGUGUAUAAAAGUACUCUUCAUAGAGUCAUUCACAAGGGUGAUGAUUAUCGUGUAUCAACCACUCGAGCCUUGUUUAAAACUCGAUCCCGUGAGACAUCAUGA